CUGUUAUUGGGUGGAAGGGCUGCUGCUCGGCUGAAUUUUCAGUUUUUUCCUUCCUCCAAAAUCAAACCAACAUAUUAAUAUAGCGCAACAUAGAGUAAAGAAUUCGCCAACAUUGAUAUUCCAAUCUAUCCGGGAAAAGCAACAAGAAACCGCUCAAUCCAAUCACUGUAGUGUGUAGUGGCCAGGUGUAGCAAGACGAGCAUUAGCGUUUUCCUCGGGUUUUCGUUCGGUGUGUAAAUUCGCCCUAGUUUUUCCCUAGUCACCGGAUGUGUUUUGUGAUGCUUUCAGAGCAUGGAGGACCCAAAAGCAAGGGCAGGGUGGCGAUGGUUUACCAUUAGUGUGCAGCAGGUGGGAUUUGCGUUCCAUUUUCGGGGCUUAGGAAGCAACAGGACCUUUUAAAGAGGCUCGAUUGGAACGAAGGAGACCCACGAAGUGUUGAAGUAAAGUUUAUUGGAGAAGAUAGUGCAUCAGCUUUGAAGGAAUACCAGUCAGUAAAAUAUCAUUUGUGCCGGAUUGUGCUCCCUUGGACUUCGCUACUGGGAGAGAAGCGAAUUUAUCACGACGCUUUCUAUUUGAUUUAUUACGACAAAACAUAGAAAUGUACAACAAAUCUUAGCUAGUCAUCUACUCGUGAAAGAAUAUUCGAUAUUUAGCUAAACAUUAUGCAAGUUCAAUGAAAUUUUACGAAAGUUCGUGUUCAUCAAUCUAGUUUUUUAAAACAAAAAUAUCCUUCGCUGCUAGGAACAAUGCAGGAAGAGGAGGAUUGUCGAAUGAGAGAGUGAAGAGGGGUUCUGGUUGCUCAAGAAACGUUCUGAAAAGCACCGAAUUCAAGACACAUUUAGAAGCGGAAGGAUUGAAAUUACGACAUUAUUGGCCUAACAUUCAACAAGCUGCAGUGAACCAAAAGAAUCAAAGUGAUACCUAGAUGACACAAACAUAAUUUCAUGCUUUGCCAUACAUAAAACAUUGUGUUCUCCAGCCAGAAGGAAAGACAGAAGAAUAACCAUCGGAAAACCGUGAAACGAGAGCGAGAGAAGCAUUUUACACACCACCGUGAACGCAUCGCAUCUACCAAGCCAGGAGUCAACGAGAGCAUACACUGCCCCACAAUUUGGAGCCAUUCCCUCUGGGAAAACGGUCGAGUCGAAUGUGUUUGUGUGGACACAUCCGAGGAUCGGAUAGCGAAAACGUAAACAUAAUUAGGAAACCGUGACCACCCUCCAAAUUGUGACAUUCCCUCGAGACGUCUGUCCUUCCCCGUCUCGCCGCACCCAUUUUUUGUAGACUAGGCUUGGCUCCAAAGCUCUAGAGAGGACGUUGGAAUGGCUGAAGCACCGGGCAGUCCACGGACCGGUGAUGAAUCGUCCGAAAGCGAAAAUGAAACCGAACCGGCCAAAAUUUUCCACCGGAAGCUGUCCACCAAGAAGGACGUCAAAUCGGCGGCUGCAACCAAGGAAGGUUAUCUCAUGAAACAAACAUGGUCAUUCCAGCGAUGGAGACGACGGUACUUUCGACUCAAGGGCCACAAGUUGUACUACGCCAAGGAUAGCAAGAGCGAACUGUUCGAUGAAAUCGAUCUCUCCAAUCUGUGUUUUGCCGAGUGCAGUACGAAGAAUGCCAACCAUAGUUUUCAGCUAAUCACUCCAACCCGAUCUCUGGUGCUGUGUGCCGAAAAUCGCCGUGAAAUGGAAGACUGGCUGCACGCGCUGAAAGCCGCCUCGUCAAGGGAAUUCUUCGAGCCGGGACCACCCGAUCAGCAUGAUUUUCUGUCGGGACAUCACAACUGGUAUGCAACGUCCCACGCCCGGCCAACCUACUGCAAUGUUUGUCGGGAGGCCCUUUCCGGGGUCACCUCCCAUGGUUUGUCCUGUGAGGUGUGCAAGUGCAAAGUGCAUAAACGGUGCGCCGCCAAGGCGAUCUCGAACUGCAAGUGGACCACGCUCGCUUCGGUUGGGAAGGAUAUCAUCGAGGAUAUGGACGGGAACAUCGUCAUGCCCCACCAGUGGAUGGAGGGUAACCUUCCCGUGUCGGCCAAAUGCAUCGUGUGUGACAAGACGUGCGGCUCGGUGAUGCGUCUGCAGGACUGGCGCUGCCUUUGGUGUCGUUCAACGGUUCACACCGCCUGUAGACCCCAGGCCCAAGUAGCGUGUCCUCUGGGUCCAGCCAGGGUCUCAGUCGUUCCGCCGAUUUCACUCCACUCGAUCGGAAUCGACGACGCUUGGGAUGUGUGCAAACCACAUGGGAGCUUUUCGCCACUGUUGGUGUUUGUGAAUUCUAAAUCAGGUGACAAUCAGGGCGUCAAAUUUCUGCGACGCUUCAAGCAGCUGCUGAAUCCGGCGCAGGUGUUCGAUCUCAUAUCAUCCGGACCGGGUUUGGGCCUGCGGCUGUUUCGCCACUUUGACCCGUUUCGGAUAUUGAUCUGCUCCGGGGAUGGGUCUGUUGGAUGGGUGCUCAGCGAAAUCGAUCAAUUAAACAUGACGAAACAAUGCCAAAUAGCCGUGCUUCCACUGGGCACCGGGAAUGAUCUGGCCCGGGUCCUGGGUUGGGGCAGUUCCUGCGAUGACGACGCACAUCUACCGCAGCUGCUCGAGCGCUACGAAAAGUCAAGCACCAAGAUGUUGGAUAGGUGGAGCGUGAUGGUGUUCGAGCGGGACAUUGGCAUUGCGCCGCCAGUUCCUACACGGACGCCCAAAAUGUCAAUCUCGCACCACCCGGACCCGGUGCUGUUCCAGUACGAUGAUGAAGUCCUCAGCCAUCUACAGUCAAUUGUCACCAACGACGACACGCAAACCAUGCUUCAAUCGACGCGGGAUCUGGUCAAAACGGUCAACGACUUUAUCACUAGGGUAAUAGAAAACAGCUCCGACGAAGAGCAAUUAAGCAUCAAAUGUGAUAUUUUAAGACAAAAAUUAGGUAUGUUAUUAGAUACUCUGAAGGAAGAAGAAGCUGGUCUUCAUGGUGACGACGAAUUAAUGCGAACACUUAAAGAAAUUGCUCAAAAAAGUGCCUCUGAAAGACCAAUAGAUACCGAUUUCCCAUCACAUAGAACGAUAGAGAAACAGGAAAAAGACAAACUGAAUUCCAGAGAACGCACAAGUAGACUAGACAGCCGUUCGGAGAAGGAGGCCGUCAUGUGCCGGGCCAACAGUCUCAAGCGAGCCAUACACGACGUGCUGAAGUGUAGCGAAUCUAGCUUGCUGUACGUGCCUCCGAAGCGACUAUCGAUUCCCAUGAACAUUAAAGAUACAUCUCCGGGAAGCUCUCCCAUUCCGGUAUCGGCAGCCCUGUCAUCGAUGUCCCCGUCGGUAUCGACCUCGCGACUCACAUGCAUAUCACCACUGCCGGACCUGCGGCGCGACUCCAUGGACGAGCACUUCCUGAGCAAUGUCAACCUUCCGGUGCCGAAGCAAUUCGCCGAUGGAGGAAGUCGUCGGAGCUCCGGCAUACCGGAAAACUACAAAAUCUCCAGCAUCGAAGAGCUGGAAGAGACCAGCAUCCACACGGAGAGGAAUGACGCCCUGAACUUGGUACCAACUGGCCUCGCCAACAUCGAAGAAAACGUAGACAAUCACUGUAGGGACGAUAGGGAUGACACGCUAAAUCAGAAAUCGACCACAACGACCACCUCGGACUCGCAAUCAACGACGGCGCCGUACGACUUUUCGUUCGAAUCCGACACCAAGACUGUAAAGUUCGAACUAGAUGCGAAUAGCGCAUUCGAACGCCUAGGGUUUAAACCGUUCAAGAAAAUCAUCGAGCAGCAUCAGCUGCAGCCAAAAGGCGAGUCUGCAGAGUAUGUGCACUUCCAACCGAUCGAAGUAUACGAGCGGAAUUUGUACCGUAAUCAACAGCAACAGUUACUACUUCAACAGCAGCAGCAACAAGACCAACAAGCCGGCUUUGGCAAUGGUAGGAUGGCGGAACAGAAGAGUUCCAACAUGCUACAGGUGCCGAGCAUCUGUCUACCGACCUUGGAGAAACCACCGGAAAAUAUGUACUUUGGCGACAACAUUACCAUCAUCGAUACGGACCUACCGGAACGGUCCUCAUCGGACGAAGCGCCGGGAGAGGCCAGCGAUGUGCUUUCUGCAAUCAGCAACGAAGAAUGCAGCGUUACGUCGGAGAUCUUGGAUAGGCCGUCGGAUUGCAACUCCCAAAUAGCGAUUGGUGAUUUGAUUCAGGAUCUAGACACCGAUCGCUUCAGUCACAUAGAUUCGCCGGAAACGAGCGACACCACCGAAGCGCUACACGGCGAAAGUCUCAUGGACGACAUAAGCUCGGUGUUGGGCCAGGAACUGUUGGGAGCCCUGAUGGACAACACAAUCACCGAGGACACAACGACUCUCUGCACGUUGGAUCACACAAAGCGCCGUAGCUUCAAGAACAAACAACAGCAGCAGCAGCAACAACGAAAAGGGAGCAUCGAACCGGAGCAGUGCGGCUUUGAGAACCGAGUGUUCGAUAUCGAUAACCGUUGCGAUGACCAAAAAGUACGAGAACCUCGCUACUGUAGUCUGGCCAAGUUCGUCGAGGGAAACGAUAUCGCUAGGAAGAGUUUUAAACGGCCGGCUGGCAGAGGGCUACCGUCAAGGAGUUUAAUGAGUCAGGCAUACAAAGCUAAGGAAAAUGAAUAUGAAAACACGAAGAUCUUAGCGAGUAACUUUCUGCAACCUCAUGGCUCUCCAUCGGAUGUGUCCGGAUCCGAUACCGAUACGGUGCAGUACAGAAUACUGAGUUCAGCGUGUACCAAUGUGGACGAAGAUAGCCUAACGGAUUAUGACGAAAAAGACGACAAUUCGGAUGAUGAUCAAGAAACUGAAGGAGCUGCUGGAGGCCAAUCGGAUGAUGAGGACAUCCAAGACGAUACAAACAACGAGCAAUCACUAAACCCGACAAUUCCGACAAUCAACGUAGUCGUCGAACCACCAUCGCCGGCGAUGAGUGAUGAACUGCGAUCGCUUCGGGUGCCGGAAAUAAGGCGGCACUCGAGCCACACACCCAAUACACUGGCACCGCGUGAAAUAGACAUUAACCGACGACACUCGGGCAACAAUCCGAAUUUACUAGGUCUAGACUCGGAGCACAUUCGCUUCCUGAACUGCUCACCGGCAGCAACGCGGAGAAUUAGCAGCGGAAGUUUGCUUUUUAAACCGGAAGCGCUUGGUAGUUCGAAAAGCAAUAUAUUUAGCUCUAAUCUGGGGUUGUUCAACUUCGAUCGCGACUCGGAGAACAAAGACGACGAGAAGAAGAAGAAAGACGAAAAGGAGGAACGAGUGAAGAAGUUGCCAAUUAUCAAUCCACUGGUAAGAUUACCGUCAUGGCCCAAUGUCACCAGCGGUACAGGAUUCAUAUCGAAGUGCUUACUGGCGAACGCGGAUACGUUGUGUGCCGCUGUAAGUCCUCUGAUGGAUCCGGAUGAAACCCUGAUGGAAGGCUACUCGGAGAAGGCUGUCAUGAACAAUUACUUUGGGAUCGGAAUCGAUGCGAAGAUUUCGUUGGACUUCCAUAACAAGCGGGAAGAACAUCCGGAGAAGUGUCGAUCUCGAGCGAAGAACUACAUGUGGUACGGAGUGCUCGGAUCGAAGGAGUGGCUGCAGAAAACGUACAAAAACCUGGAGCAAAAGGUUCAGCUUGAGUGUGACGGCCAGCGAAUUCCGCUUCCAUCGCUGCAGGGCAUUGUGAUUCUGAACAUUCCGAGCUUCAUGGGAGGUACGAACUUUUGGGGAUCGAAGAAGGAGGACGACUGCUUUUUGGUGCAAAGUUUCGACGAUCGUAUCUUGGAGGUGGUUGCCGUGUUCGGUUCGGUUCAGAUGGCGGCUUCGCGAUUGAUCAAUCUGCAACACCACCGGAUUGCCCAGUGCCAAAGUGUGCAGAUUAAUAUCUUAGGUGAGGAAUGUGUUCCAAUACAGGUCGACGGAGAAGCGUGGCUGCAGCCUCCAGGAAUGAUUCGGAUCAUUCACAAAAAUCGAGUUCAGAUGUUGUGUCGCAACCGUAGUUUGGAGGUAUCGCUGAAGAGUUGGCAAGAGAAGCAAAGGCAGCACAGUAUAUCGAUAGCCCGGGAGCAGCCGUCAACGACGUCCUCGGAGCAUCUCGUUGCCACAUCGGAAGACAUGUUCACCGAACGUGAAACUUAUCUGUUGCUCAAUUUCAUUGAGUGUGUCAGUACACUGGUGAAGUGGGUCAAGUUCUUGAUCAUCUCGCAUCCAUCGCUGCAGCCAGAUUUGUACAUGGUGGCUACGAAAACUGCGGACGCUUUAGAGUCUAUACACCCUGGCGGUAAGAUCAUCGAUGGUCCAAAUCUUAGAAGACAGCUAACUGAACUGGUACGUGCAGCUCGGCAACUCUACGAAGACACUUGUGAUUUACUGCGGGAGCGUAGUCACAGCCUGAUUCUGCGUGAAGAUCUGGAAACAAAACUUAGCGUAUCGCUCGCCAACAUGGAGAUGGAACUGGGCAAGUGUAGUCUACAGCAAACCAGUGACGGCGAGACGAAGGUAUAUCUCAACGUUUUGGCGCCGAACGAGGAUGUCGAUCAUCACCGCAAGAAGCAGAAGCCAUUCUGGUUGCGAUUCCGAGGUCAACACGGACAGGGUGGUUCUGGAAUGGGCAGUGGCCUGGGAAAGACAAAUGCCGAUCUGGUCAACAACUGGGGAGUGGGCGAAGUGGUUACAUGGUUGGAGGCCAUGCAGAUGACGGAGUACGUGGAUAGCUUUAUCAAGAAUGACAUACGAGGCAAGGAGCUGCUCACGUUAGCUCGGCGAGAUUUGAAGGAUCUAGGCGUUACGAAGGUAGGUCACGUCAAGCGAAUUCUGCAAGCAAUCAAGGAUCUAGGAAGCACGAGCAUUGGGUAAAAGGUGAGGUAAGCAAAUGAAUGCAUUUUAGUUAUAUCUUUUUAGAUCAGUAGUUGCUAGACUACAAAAUAUCAGUAUCUUCUUAUGGAAUCAAUAAUUUUAAAACUAUUCCAAAGCAGUUGUCAGCAAACACAAAAGCGAAGAAGCAAGAAAAAUUUAACUUGUUUUAAUAAUCAAGCAACCAAAAGACUUUAUUUACUCUUGAGUAGAAAUGUAUGUUUCCAUGUCAUUUUUAAUAUUUAUUUCUUCCGAGGGGAAUCAUAAAGCAAAACUCUUAAAGCAUUGCAAUGAUUGGAAGAGGAAACUCUGAUGCCACGUAGUAUCAUUCCAGAUAGAGAACAGUAGAAGUAGAGAACGAUAAAUGGAGGAAUCAUAAGCAGAGUAAUAUCAUUAAAUAUCAAUUCUUCUCUGGUAGUACUUGUACUGAAGAAAAAAAACAAACAAAUGAAACCAAAAUCAAGAAUAGAAAAACAUGUUAAGAAGCCUAAUGUUAAUUGUGUGUUUAAGUUGAAAAUUUUCCGAUGUUCAAUUGCAAAACAGAAGUGCUGCGAGAGUGUGUGUGUGACGAAUGCAGUUUUUUUCCUUUCCAUCGAUAUGAAUCAAAAUGUGGAUUGUAACCAGUAAACGGUAAACUCAAAACAAUGUCACAAAUUCUAAAUCCGGUUUUAAAAACAGGAAAACCUUAUCAUAGUAUGUGUGUACAACCUUUACCACUUGUGUUCCUCUGACAUACUUUAGUGCUGUUGAGUGUCUAUUUAAUGUCUGUUCGUAAAAACAUAUGGUUCCUUACUGAGAUGUGUGAGUGUCUGAGUCUAGGAGGAGAUGCAUAAGAGUAUAGGCAAAAGUAAAUCCUCAUACUGUAGUUAAAUUAAGAAAGAUUCAUAUAAUUCUUGCGUGUGCAUAUACUCACCAUCUUUCAUGAAUGUGUACAUCUCACGGAUAUACGAAGAUAGGUCAUAUAAUUAAUACAUUAUGAAAAAAAGCAAACAGUUCGUUCACCCCAAGGUGGUACUCAUUGAAAUGAUCUCAUUAGGAAUGAAUUCAAUUAAAUCAUGUAUGUUAUCAAUUUUUCGAACUCACAAGUUACCUUAAAACAAUUAUGAUUUAUGCAGCACCUCUUCAAGCAACAGAUUGAUAUCAUAAUAAGUAAAUGCAGACAUACAGUGUAGUAAUUUUUGGUCAAUUUCCCAUGAAAUCAGACUGCAGUGCAUUAUUAUUAUUAUAAUCAUUUUCGAAACGAAAUUUAAAAUUAGAACCACGUUUUUGUCAGUUAAGUAGCUUAUUUAAGUAAAGAGGAUGAUAGGUAAUAGGGGUUUCGAUCGACUUCGUCUCAAGCGCUAUUAUUCGUCGUACCGAACUUUAAAUCCUCCAAUAUGACGGAUUUUCGAAGUUACCUACAAUAUAGAUUCAUUUACCAAGUGAAAUUUUGCGAAAGCUGAUAUGGUUCGUUCACUUGUACACCAAAAGUGCAACCAAACUAUGUGCUGUAUUUUGAUAAAUAACUUAAUUUCACUCUGCACUUUUGAUCAAAAUCGUAUGGAUGAAGACGUACCGAGCGAAAUGAAAAUGGAAAACCUUCAUACAUCUUCACUGAAGGAUUUCAUACCAAGCAAAAACUAUAAAACUUAAAUAAUUCACGAAAUUUUAAGAAACACCCUCAAAGACCGCAUAUAAUUGAGAACGUUAACAAAGUUUUUCAUCGGUCCGGACUGAGAAAAAACAUGUGCGCAUCAAUGUGUGCAUGAUGUGCGGCGUAGAAAACGAUUGCUUUGAUUGUGAUUGUUUUCGCUGUACAGUGAGCCGUCAUUCAUUUGCCCAGCCAAAAGUUAUUGUGUUAAUUUUUUUGGACUGAAUUUUGAUAGGGCCAAUGAGUUUUAAGGGAAAUCUUCAUUUAUCAUCAUGCUGUGGGAAUGGAGAGGGAUGUCCGAAGAUCUAAAUAAUCUAUGAAAACCCGAAUUUAGUACUAUACCAUUUAAUUCCAGUGUUUUUUUUUACCCUUUGAAAGAUUCUUUGACUUUUCCAUUAAACAGCUCGAAGAUCUAUUGUUAAAAAUCUAGUUGAACAUAUUAGUAUUAUAACUUUGAAGUGGUGUGUUUUGAGCACUCAUUACACCACAGUGAGCCGUUAGUUUUGAGACGAAUCAAAACUGAUUACGACUGAAAUGAAACUGGAUACGACAAAUGUAGCAAUGGUGAUUAAAAAUAUCAUUGCAUUAUUUCCAAUAAUCGAACAAGAUUUAUGAAAAUCUUGUUACAUAAUGCGAAACCAGUCGUGGAAAAAAUUCACUU